GUGUACACUUAUUGCUUGCAUGCCGCGGCGGCUGAGCGGCAGCUGUUUAUAUGUGCAUAUGCUGCAUCUAAACUGAACUCCCGAGGCUGCCAUGGAGGAAACACCUGACGUUGUUAAGUUCCAGCCGCCCCCCGGGGUCCUUACGCGAAGCUACACGGUGCUCCCGAGCGGAUUGCUGUGUGGAGUUCAGUCUGAGAAUAUGUUUAACUCAGACGACAUGUCCCUCAAGCAAAUGUACCAUAGAAUGAAGCACUUGCCACAUACAACACCCUUUAGCUCUCCGGUGGCAGCCGCUGCGUUGGAUGCCGUGCCCGUUUGCAUGCUCGUAUUGGGUAGUUCUGUAUCUAAGAAAAGAGACCUUUUCCAGGGGCCAUACCCGGGGAAGGAGAUGCUUCCAGUCGCUUCUCAGACGGAAACAGAUGCGGGUGAAGGAAUUAUUGGCCUGCUUUCAAAUGAUUUGUUUGAAGUACUAGCCGCGAACACAAAUUGUCCCUGGGGCUCGAAUUUUGCGCAAUGGCGUUGCGUGGUAACUGUCAAGUUUGUCGAAUUUCAUGACGAGCUUGUGACCGACCUCCUUCGGCCAUCGACUAAUGAGCGUAUUGAUGAUACAACACCAUGUUUUCGCAAGGCUGCUGGAAAAGAUUGUGGAAUAGCUGGUACCGUAGUAGUCACUAACGACAUGCAUCGCGGUGCCUAUCUCCAAGGAGCUACGUCACAGCGAGUAUAUUCAGCAACGGACGUGGCGCGGUUAGUCCAGGAGGGACGUUUGCGUCGUGAUCAGUAUGCAGACGUGCAGGCAUCCAUGGAUUGUGCAGCUUGUUAUUUUGAAUUAGAGCUGCACCACCUUGCCUUGAGUGAUCGCAGCGAAUGCAAGCCCUCACCCACGACCGCACGUAGUACAGUGUUAAAUAAUGAAGAGCUGGCACAGGGUUGGAAGUGCAUCGCGCUAUCGACAAUUUCUAUCAUAGAGGUACCGUCAACACACAAGCUUGCGAUACCUCGGGAGCAGCUCAUUCUACGAGAGGGCUCCAAAAGGAAUCGUUCUUUGUACUCCCUUGUAUCCUGCAUUGAUAACCUCUGCAAGCCACAUUCAACAAGAGUGCAUGUCUCCCAUGGAAAUUCGCAGCUGGCUUCAUUGCUUGCAGAACGCCUCGGGGGGAAUUGCUUGUUGCUAUCACUUGCUUGUGCUGAUGCAAAUGACAGUUCAGAGACGCGUUCUGCCACGCUACAGCUACAAAGCAAACUCGGUAGCAUACGCCAAUUUCCAGUCUCUUUAUCUCAAACGCAUGUCCUGGGCCUGGUGCUGCGGCAUCGGGCAUGUAUGCUUGCCAUGAAUCGCUUAGCAAACGACCACCAUUCUCAGGUUACAAAGUCAGAACUUGUUGUCCGCGAGAAGAACGAUGACUUUGAGCAGCCCCUCGACGCUCCAUUAUCUAAGCGUUUACAUAUACUCGAGCGCUUGCUUGCCGAUAGCAGGCUUGACACGACAUCUGCACGCGAGGAUAGUACCAGGGUGUAUAAUGUCUUAGAAUUGUUCAAGGGCAAAUAUACACAGCUUGCGGAACAAAAGGCUAACCAGGCUAAAGCACUGAUCCGCGCGGAGCAAGCAAAAAUGGACAUCUCUCGAGCGUUUCUCGAGUCCAAGCUUUCGAAAAGCAAUCUGCGGGCAUCCUCCGAGCUUGAUCGCUAUUCGUCGGAAUCCGUGUUUCUCUCUCUCAAAGAUAGGGCGGCCGAACUCGCGAUAGAGUGCGAAGAGUUGAGAGCGCUUAAGGCCCACAUGCAAAGCCGCGAGAACUUCCUGACGACGGAACUGAGUAAGACCCACGAAACCUCAGAAAAGCUCCGCUGCGAAGUAGCGAGAUUCAGCAGAGAGGAAGAUGUUCUUAGGCUCGAGGCCAACACGGAAAAGGCCCGAAAUAUUGAAAUAUCAGCCGAGUUACUCAGAGUGGCGCAACAGCGAGACGCUCUAAAAAGGAGCGCACAAAAGCACAACGAAAUCACUCGGAAGAUCGACAGAGAUUCGGCGGUCGAUGCGACAUCUGUGGACGCGGACAGGCGGAACCGACAACUGCUAAAGAGUGCGAAUGAGAUGAAGGCCGAGUUCAGUGGCCUUCAGCGAGAUCACGCUAGCGUGACAGCCGAACUGUCACAGGCACGGGUAGAGGCCGAACGAGCGCUUUUGGACCAAGAUAAAGACGCAGCUGCCAUUCUAAAAGCAAGAGAGGCAGAGCUUGCCGAAGCAAGGGAACUUGUAGAAGAGAGUCUUCAAAAAUUAACGUUGAUGAAAGAUGCCAAAGAAAAAGAUGCUUGGGGUUUGCACGGAGAGGUACUGGCGAUGAAGAGGCGUGUCAGUAAUCUAGAACUUGCUUUGAAGCGAAGUAAGGCAGAUGCUGCGCAAGUAAAAAUGGAAGGAAAUGCGAUGAGGAAGCGAUGCAUAGCCCAGGAAGCAGACUAUUGCGCACGACUAGAUGCAGAUCUUGCGUCAGCACUGGAAAUCGUCUACUGGACCAGCCAGGACGCUAGACCGAACACGUCGAUGGACAGUCUCCCAACUUUGAACGGAUUGGUCGUGAAGUUUGUUGAAUUCAGGGAUCCUUUACAGAAAAACUCCUUUUCCGCUUGCUAUCAACGCUUUGUGCAAAGCUAUCGGGAGAGGGAAGGCCAGUUGGGUUCAGACGUCGAUAACUUGAGGGCGUCACAACGCCUGGCCACUGCCCGUCUGAAGGCCGCCCUCGAUCACUGUGAUUGUCUCCAGGAUGCGCUGACGCGACACUGCCCGACGAAGGUGAAGGAGCUAAAGCACGAAUUUGGCGAGACGCUCGAACGCGCGGCCGGUGAUCUUUCCGAGGCCCAGGUACCACAGACCGUAGAGGCAGAGCGCGAGAGCUAUUACGCUGCGUUGGACGAAGUGAGAGCCCGAGCGACGCUGCAGCAAGGUCGAGCGAUAGCCGCGAUACGCAGCCUGCAGAAGGCAUGUAAAGAGAAGCAGGAGCGCAACGACGAUCUUGCACGGCAGAUCGAUGGACUCUGUGGGGAGACCCCCCGCCCGGGCGUCAAACCUCGUGCCAGCGAGGAGACGUCCGCGGUCACGACGCGCUUAGAAGCAAACAGGUCGCCUGUUGUACAGGGUGAGACCGAAACUGAACCCCAGAGAGACAGCAAGGAAGGCAAAGAAGAUAUGGACCAGGCAUUGAUACGUGCGAAAGCGCAUUAUGACGAGGCUUUGAGGAGGGCCGAAGCGCUUAAACUCGUCGCCAACAGAAUGCAGCAAGCAAGGGAACCUCAGCAUACUUCAAGGACACAAAUAGAUCCAGACAGACGACGAGCCAAGGCUGGAAAGCAAAUAGCCACAGCUCGCAGAGCGGUGCAAAGACUCCAUCGUGACCUUGAAUUGGCAGCUCUUGGCGACGACAGCCCCGCGAGAAUGGGAUCCUCCGAAAUGCGCAACCUCAGCUGGCUAGAUAAGUCUUCAAGAACACCAGAGACCAGUUCGAAUCCAAAUGCGAAUGUGAGAGACAUAACCCCCAAGUCGACAAUGGCCCUGCUUGGCGAGGCCGAGGGGCGAUGUGUACAACUCGCCUAUAGGGUUCAAACGCUGGAGGAGGAGCUGGCACGCUACCGCGAAUAUAUGGAACGAACAAUUCGUCGAUAUCAUGUCGUGCAGUCAGAAACAUCGCAGGAAUAGAUAGGUAGCGAGAGGCGCGAGGUGGUGUCAAAUCACCGCGGCGUGCUAGGCUGAGUCGCAGCAAAAUGCACCCUGGCACUGGCACCCCGGGACGGGCUUCUUACUCUCCGAUAUCGUCUUUAUGUCAAGUUAUUGCCGUUGGGCGGUCCUGUGCAGCUGCAGGAGAUUAAGUAUCUUUGGCAUUGUCACGGUUAUGUCACGGUAUCCGGGAUCAUGCCAGCGAUCCUGAGACGUUCAAGUUUCCAACUUUGAAGCACACUGGCAACUCGCACUACUUGUAUUACCUACUUAGCCUACUUCCUAUCCGAAUGGCAGUGGGAGAUAAAGGAACAUUUGUAACAUUCAAGUUUAACUUUUCAACCAUGUGGCC